AUGAAUACAAAUAAUAUUGAAGUAGAUUUAGAAAUAUUAAGUGCAUCAGAAUGGCUCUAUCAAGAUUUCGAAUGGAAAAAAUUAUCAGUUGCUAAUUGGACAACGACAGUAAGGCAAAAUUCAAUGGUUGAUAGAAAUUAUAUAAACAUAACAACUCAAAAUAAUUCACAUGCAAGAAGGGGAUUACUUUUUGAUAAUACAAUAUUACUUGAAGAGAUUUAUCUGGAUUCAAAUGAACUUGAAAGUCUUCAUGUUGAUUCAUUUGUUAAUCUUAUAAAUUUAGCAUACAUUAAUUUAUCAAAUAAUAAUUUUACAACUGAUUCAAUUCCACCUGGUUUACUACGAAAUAAUAUAAACUUAACCGAUGGUGUAUUUGAUGAUUUAACAGCUUUACAUGAAUUAUAUUUAGAUCAUAAUAAUUUGCAAACAAUUGAAUAUUGUCACAUGCAUUGUCUUAUGAGAUUAGAAAUUGCAAAAUUUUCUUAUAAUAGUUUAACUGUAAGACAUGAUAAAACAGAACGUAGUCAAUCGAUUUCACCAUUUCGCAAAAAUUAUAUGCUUCGAAAUUUAAGCCUUGAUAAUAAUAGAGUAUCUAAAAUUUGGAUUGAUUGGAUAUUAUUGUACGAGCUUGAAUUAGAUUUGUCAAAUAAUGAAUUGAAAUCAUUGAGCGAUGUAGUUUUUCUGAACCUCAACUCAAGGAUAAAAGUUAAUGUGACUUACAAUAAAAUAACAUCAUUGAUUUCUAGAGAUGAAAAAGAAUUUAUUUUAAAUACGACUAAUGGAUCUGAUAAAAAAUACACUAUUUUUAAAGAUCACAAUAUUAAUUUAGAUAUAUAUGCUGAUAAUAAUCCAAUGAAUUGUGAUUGCAAAUUAUAUUUACAACUUCCAUAUAUAGAUAAAAAAUUAAAUACAAUUGAAUAUCAUAAAUUAACAAUCCAUAUUGAUAAUUUAAAAUGUGAUAAACCAAGCUUGCUACGUAACACAGCUAUCAAAACAUUAGAACCCGAGACAUACAAGUGUUUGAUAGACCAACCAAAUAUUUAUAAUGCAACCUGCCCAGACAAGUGUGAAUGUUGGAAACAACCGUCAGGCAACUCAUAUAUUGUUGAUUGUUCAAAUAGAAAUUUAAAUGAUGCACCAAGAUCAUUGCAAUCACUACCUGGACACGAAAUAAAGUUAAAUUUAUCCAGCAACUCACUGACCAAUAUGCCAUCAAUGUCACAACCUGGAUAUAAUUUGGUAACUGUUUUGGAUCUUUCACACAAUAAAAUUAAACAUAUAUCUUUUAAAACUUUAUCGAAAAAUUUAAAAAGUUUAUACAUGGACAAUAACAGUUUAUCAACAAUAGAAAUCGAAGAUUUAGAAUAUUUUGGUCACUUGGAAAAUUUGACGGAGCUAACACUGCAUGAUAAUCCUUGGAUAUGUGAUUGUCAUCUUAAACAAUUCACACGUUAUUUGUUGAGUAAAAAGUUGAGUCAAUUCGAGAUACAAAAGAUCAUUUGUGAAAAAACAAAACGUCCAAUUAUGGACGUAUCAAAGGAAGAAUUAUGUCCUUUGAAUUUAAAGUGGAUAAUUGGAAUUUGUAUUGUCGUGACUUUGUUGGCAAUCAUUACAUGUUUUAUGAUAGUUAUUUAUUAUAAUUAUCAAGAGAAAAUUAAAAUCUGGCUGUAUGCAAAACAAUGGUUUUUAUUCUGGAUCACCGAGGAAGAAGUGGAUAGAAAUAAAGAUUUUGAUGCUUUUAUUAGUUUCUCAUCCAAGGAUGAUGAUUUCGUGAUAAAUACUUUAAUGAGUGAACUGGAACAAGGCCCACAACCAUUCAAACUGUGUGUUCAUUAUCGAGAUUGGCAAGCUGGUGAAUAUAUACCUCAUCAAAUCACCAGCUCAAUUGAAAAUUCAAGACGCACUAUUGUUGUUUUAUCUACUAAUUUUUUAGAAAGCACUUGGGCAAAAACUGAAUUUCGUACAGCACAUUGUCAAGCACUAAAUGAUGGCAGAGUCAGAGUUAUUGUAAUUGUCUACAAUGAAAUUCCACAAAUAGAAAAUCUCGAUCAAGAAUUACAAUCAUACUUGAAAAUGUACACUUAUAUCAAAUGGGGAGAUCCCUGGUUCUGGCGAAAAUUAAGGUAUGCACUACCACAUCGUAAUAGAAAUAUACCAUCAGCAUAA